GUCCGGCUGGACGUCUGUGACCACGGCUCAGUAUCUUGCAUGUACAGGGACGGUCACUACCCGUUGUCAAAUCGACGUCAGUCCAUCACACGCGCUAGGUCAUACGAGACAGACCUAUGGAAAGACGGACGAGGAUAUGGACGAUUGGUACGCUGGCAGGUGCAUUCACCAUCGCUAGCACUACGCUGAACGUCGUCUUCGCCUCGAACACAACGAACAUACCAGUCCUUGCGGCCUUACGAAUCCUUCUCUUCAUUGCCUUUGCCAUCAGCUUGGUGGACCUGGUCUGCAUUAUAUGCUUCUCUACGAUCUAUGUCCAGAAACUGUGCAACUACUCGCUGGGCGGAAAGAAAAAAGCAUGGGGACAAUUCGUUGGCGGCGUAGUUGCCGCUGCGGCUGGUAUAUGUGUCUCUGGGGUGACGUUGGUAUGGCUGGUGAUAAGGCGUAGCAGCCUCCCGAAGCAGGUAUUACAUACUGCUCCUACGACGUUGCUUGCUGUCUGGUUCGGAUUAUGGGCGGUCUCGGCUAUCCUGCAGGUGUUCCUAUUCUGUUGGCUGGGGAUAUGGACCAGGAGCGUUUUGAAAUCCCAAAGGGCGAGCCGGAUGGAUCUGGAUUUUGGUAUCAGAGUUCCUUCCAUGAGCAUGCCUAGAAGACCGAGCACACAGCGCACCAACCAAACUUUCGGCUCGGAAGGUGUCACUCUCAACUCACCACCAAGGACUCCAGUAUCUCGAGCUGGCUCGAUACCACGGCGAUCGUCCUCAACUCGUAUCGGUCCUGGAUCUUCAAGGACAAAGCUGGUACGGCAUUCUAAUCACUCAUCCUAUGAAACAAUCUCCUAUGCAGCUGGAGUCUAUGCACCUGGAGAAACCAUGCCAACCGACACUGCUUUUGACAAUUGGGACACGUCCUCUGUCCAUCAUGAGAUGCGUGCUGUUAUACAUUCCUCCCCACCGGUCCCGCGGUCUGGAUUGGAGACGAUACCAGGCAGUCGGCCCGAGUCGCCAGCAACUGCUCUGGAUGGUCCAUUUCUUCCAAGUUCGCCGGUGACUAGCUCCCCACACGCGGCCACUUCGGACACAGCAACUGUAGUUGGCUGGAGCUCCUCCCCACGACAACCAAAAUCAUCACCACCGUCUAGCCCGCCCAAUUUCUCGCGGCCAACGUCUUCAGGCCAGAAUAAACCCGCUCCACCCAAGUUCGAACAAUUUGACAAUUCUAUGCAUGACCUCAUACAUCCGCUUUUCCGACCGGACAGUCCUCAUCCACCGCCUAUCGCUCGAGCAGGGACUAUGGUGACUGCCUCACCGUUGGCCAAUGAACCAAUCACGCCUCGAACACUCGCCCGCCUACGCAGCAAUACCGACCCCGGACGAAACCAUUGGAAAGCUAUGCCGAGCAUUGACAGAUCCGAGACACGAAGCAUUGAGAGUUCAGACCCAGAUAGCCCGACAUUGGGGAGUCCAUCGCUAGGAAGCCCUGGCCCAUCGAUAGUGGACGAGACAGAAUUGCCACCCAUUCUACCGGGGUUUGUGUUGUCGGCAGGGUCGAGGAGCAGCCUGGUAGGUUACGGGAAACGAAAGAAGAGCGUGAAAAAGGAGAGGCCCAAGUCUCAGAUAUCGGUGGGCAGCCGUGUGAGCCAGCUCCUGAGCUGAAAUUAUUAUUUUAAUGUUUUCUCCUGCGGCUUCUGACACCGCAGUGUAAUGUUCUGAGAUGGUUAUGGCUUUGAUUCAGCAUUGGA